AUGAAGGCACGGAAGCAGCCUUUAGAGCAGGGGACCUAUGCAGAUCUCAUCAGCUCCUGUGCCAACGUCAAGCAGUGGCAGCCGGCCUUAGGCCUUUUGCACGAGCUGGAGACCAGCCCUGAGGUUGAAGCUGGCCCCAGCGCCAGCCUGUACAACAAGGUGAUCAGCUCAUUUGUGAGGGAAGCCGCCUGGCAGAGGGCGCUGUGGCUCCUGCACGAAAUGCCGGGCCGGCAGGUGCAGCUGGACGUGGUGACCUACGGCGCAGUGGCUUCGGUCUGCAACCGGGCCAGGCAAUCCUUGUAUACGUUGCAGUUGCACGAGGAGAUGGUGAAGAAGGACAUCCAUCCAGACAUUCCGUCCUUCAAGGUGGCUGUCACAGCUUGCCGGAGGAUGAUGAAGCUGUUGCUGCAGGCAUCCCCACAGAAGAGUGGUCGGCAGAAAUUGCUGUAG